AUGACCUCAGUUUCUGCCUACUUAUGAAAUUCGGGGCUAGAGUGUGAACUGUGGAUUCUGGAAAUAAGGGGGCAGAGGAUGCCGGCAUAUCAUUCGAAGUUUACUGAUGUUACAGUGGUUGUUGGAAACAUGGCAAUUCUUCCGAUACGAUCAAAUAUCAAAGGGCCAGCUCCACGAACUGAUGAUGGUGAGGAUAUAAUUGAUGAAGCCCUCGCUUAUUUCAAACCAAAUAUUUUCUUCCGCGAGUUCGAAAUCAAAAGUCCUGCUGACCGAACACUCAUCUACCUAAUAUUGUAUAUUUCGGAAUGUCUAAGGAAGCUACAAAAGAGCUCAAAUAGAUCACAAGCAGUAAAAGAUUUAUCGGUUUUGGCACUGAGUCAGCAUCUUCCAAUACCUGGAGAAGCAACUUUUCCACUAAAUAGUAUGUAUAAGGCUCCAGCAAACCGAAACGAAGAAGACGUUAUGCGUUCGUAUCUCCUGCAGCUAAGACAGGAAUUAGGAGCACGUUUGCUAGAACAUGUCUUUGAGUCGAAUAAUGAAAGGCCAAGCAAGUGGUGGAUGUGUUUUGCUCGAAGGCGUUUUAUGGAUAAGGGCUUGAUCAGUCCCGGUAUUGUUUUGUAG